CGAGAUUAUAAAUAGAGGGCAACCAUAGCCCUUAGAUUCACACUCAGUAUCCCAUAAUUAAGCACAGAGAAACUCUUUGUUGUUGCAAUCUUCAGUUCUCUGAUCGAGAGAAAAUGUCUUCCUGCGGCGGAACCUGUGGUUGUGGCCCUAGCUGCAACUGUGACAGUGGAUGCAAGAGGAACCCAGGCUUGGGUCUCUCAGAGACCACCACCACCGCUCAGACCGUCAUUGCUGGGGUUGCUCCAGUGAAAACGAACCCCAGUGAGAUGCCAGAGACGAGCACCGAGGGCGGCCAUGGCUGCAAGUGCGGAUCAAACUGCACGUGCGAUCCUUGCAACUGCUGAUCGACUUCCAUAAGAAGAAGCCCUUGAAUGUUGAAGAAUAUUACGUCGUAAAUGUGCGUGUGUAUCGAGUAGUUGCAUAUCGAAAAACUGUAGUGACCUGUGUGGCGAAUAAUGCAGACCUGGGUUUCGGCCAUACGCAUCCUUCUCUCCUGAACUUGGGUGCUUAUGACGAAUCCCAGGCCAGGCAAACUGUUGUGAGAUUAUGUGUAUGGAAAACUUGAAUGCGUUUGGAUGAAUCGUGAAUCUUUUUUUGUUUUUCCUCGUCUAAAGUCGUUAUCUUCUGCGAUGCUGUGGAGUGCGAGACUUCACCACUCUCCUUAAUAACAAAUCUCCAGCAAAAAAAAAUCGGUUGCUUGAA